AUGUCCGGCGUGGGUUUGGCAUUUCGGUGGUUAGAUAUAUUAGAAAAAGAAUUUGAUAAAAACAUUGUUGACAUAAAUGUUUCAUUAGGAGACAUAGAAGCUGAGGAGCCCGAAUUAGCACUUUCAUUUAAACAGAGGCUUGGAACUCUAAGUUCUUGCUGGGCUCAGCUUUCUCAUAAGGCACAAACAAUAUUUCAAGUCAGCACUAAAACAGAGGCCGAGCUUGUGAAUUUGCGGGAAGAGCUUUCAGGUUGCCAAGCAGAAAAAGAACUGUUGCAAGAUAAACUUGAGACGAUUGCGAGAGAUGUUCGUGAGGCAAAAAGCCUAAAAGACAUAUCCGAUCGGUUACGGAUCAAUCCACUGAACAACCAACAAACUUUUUGUGAAAGCAAACAGUUUGCGCAAGCCCGAGCCCUGUCUAAAAUUUUGAAGAAAGAAAAUGAUAGUUUACGAAAUUGUAUUAUCAAUCUUCAAUCUGAAGUAUAUGAGGCCAGACUGACAUCACGCUAUCUUGAUAAAGAAUUGGCUGGAAGAAUUCAGCAGUUACAGCUGCUAGGACGUGAAAUCAAAGGUGCUUUGCGUGAUAAAUUAUGGAGACAAUUGGAGGCCGAAAUUCUAAUACAAAGACAUAAGACAGUUGUUCGUGCUUGUCGCAAUCAGAAUUAUCUUAUUAUGAAUAAUACGCCUGCACAUCCAGUACGUUCCGAACCGACGGCUGCAGAAGUUCAAGUAAAAGAUCCGAGUGAAGUUAGAGAGAUUGUUCUUGAAAUACGCGAACCUGAUGAGCUUGGUAUUUUCAUCACUGGCGGACGUGAACAUGGUCUUCCAAUUAUAAUUUCGGAUCUGAAUCCCAGUGGUGUUGCUUUUGAAUCUGGUGCUUUUUUCAUUGGAGAUACUAUUCUUAAAGUGAACGAUAUUGAUCUUCUGCAGUCUUCGAAUCAGGAAGCCAUCAACAUAAUUUCAAAUGUCAGCGGCGUUGUUCGGUUUGAUGUACAAUAUUGCAGUCUUGAUUCUGAUGAUGCAUUGUCACUGGCAGAAGAUGAUUUUCACACAAAAUAUUUUGAUUAUGAUGGCCAUAAAAGUCAAGAGACACCAACAGCUCCGAGAACACCAGAACCCAGUUCAUAUGCUGAAUUAAAUAUGGCACUGAAUAACUUUGUGGAUAAUGAUAAUAAUAUUCAAAAUUCAGUCACAAAUGAGAACAAGAAUAUAAGUACUGUGAUGUAUGAAAAUUCAGAUAAUCGUAACAAAGUUGUAAAACCGGAUGAAACUCAUAUGUAUCAAUCUCCUAUGAGAGAGAGCACCGACAGUUCUGACAACUUACUUAGUAUUCUUUCUUCUGAUGAACAAUCGCCAAAAACAAUGAAUUAUCGAAUGAAAAAUUCUUGCCGAAGUACAAAUGCCAAUGAUAUAUUUGAGCCAGAAAAUGUCGAAAAUUUUAGAAAACCCGACUGGUUAGAAACUUUAACUGUUAAAGAUAUCGAUACAAAACAACAUAGCGAUACUAUCGUUAACUAUGCGAAACCGAGCAAACAAUUCUCGACAGCCAGUGAUAACAAAAUAAAUAUGAAUGAUUGCACAGAUCCCUAUUACUAUUACAUUGACAAAGAAAAUUAUUAUAAUAACACCUAUAGAAAUAGUUCUGUGAAUAGCUCUCUAUCUUCGACGCCUGUGCAUAAAAGACAUAUACGUCAGCGUUCGAGCAAUAGUCCUGAACCGAAUCCGGGGAUUCGCACAAUAGAUCAAAUUUUCAAUAAAAGUUUGAAUGUAUCAAAGCGACAUGCAAAUCUUGUUGACAACAUUGAAGUCAUGUCUACUGACAGUUCAUAUUCGUGUCAAAUGGACAAAACUGAAUCAUCGUCGCAUAUCGCUGGUUAUACAGCAAAUUCAGCAGCAGGUGUAGAAAUUCUGGAACUUGAUUGCAACGAACGGAAUAUGAGUGAUUCAAAUUUUUCAUUGAAAUCUGGUGUAGUAAAAACUAUCAAUUCUGUUAUAUAUGAUGAUAAUGAUUAUCUUGCGAGUAACACCUUCAAUUUGAAUGAUGCUGAUGAUGUAGCAGCACAAACAACGACUAAGGCAGAUAGAGAAUGUUCACAAAAAUAUUUUAAUUCCAAACCACGUAGCAUUAGGAUCGGAUAUGCUCGUCGUGUUCCACCUGUUGAAGACGCAUUACACAUUCCGUUAAAAGUGCCCAACUACACAAAAAUAAACGUUCUUGGUAAUAUUAAAGAUAAUAAUUGCCAAAGCGUCGAUGUUGUACAACCUGAUGUUAUAAUACAGACUAGCGAAAACAUUACCAUCAGCAACAUUAAGCCGCAACUAUUGCCACCAAAUCAGGUUUCAAGUAACCAGAAGCAACACAGUUAUAUAAAUGGCAGAGGAGAUCCUGAAAUAGGCACGCCAGUAUAAGCAUCUACACCUGAAAUUUAUUCUUUGUUAUUGUCAUAGUCACACUGCAAAUGGUAUUAAUAGAGAUAAAUUGCAUAUAUAUUAGUAAGAAUUUCCAAUAUCUGAUAGUUCAAUUAUGUUUAAUGCUGAUUUAUAUAUUAAGACAUUGUAUACUUGUUUAUAGUGCAAAUUAUAUAGAUCU